AUGCAUUUCUCCACUGCCAUCAUUGCCUCUGUGGCUCUACUGGCCCCUCUCGCCAGCGCUGUCGGCAACGCUGUCGUCCAGAACAACUGCGCCUACCCUGUCUACCUUUGGUCCGUCGGCAGCGCUGUCGGUCCCAAGCAAACCAUCGCUGCGGGCAAGAAAUACACCGAGCUUUUGCAUUUCGAUCCUGUCUCUGGCGGUAUUGCUUUGAAGAUCACCAAGACCACGAAUGGGUUGUAUGAUGGCAGCCCCCAGACCAACUUUGCCUACACUUUGGAUGGUAGCCAAAUCUGGUAUGACCUCUCGGAUGUAUUUGGAGACCCAUUCUCGGGCCAAGGUCUUGCAGUUGAUCCUUCGGUUACCACUUGUCCUGAUAUUUGCUGGCCAAGUGGUGUUUCACCCAGUGGAAGUCAAACUCAUGACUGCACGUCCACCUCGAGCAUUACUUUGACUCUGUGCUCAAAGAAAUGUUAG